ACCAUUAAAAUUUCCAAGUCAAGUCACUCUUGCACAUUUUUCCUAAGGAUUAACUUUGCAUUCCUGUUCGUGACGUCAGUCAAACGAGUUCUUCAUCAGUGCAGAUCGUCGAGGUUGCUUCAGUACGUUCGCAAAAUGGGGAUAAUGCCCUCGUCGUUUCUUGUUCUCGCGGCAUUUUUCUUCGCCGCAACUUAUUCUGAUAUGAUUGACAUACGUAUAACUGAAGAUUGUACAACGCCAAACGGCGAUAAGGGAAAAUGUAAACUUUUGGAAGAUUGUCCUCAUGCCGUAAGCCUCUUCGCGAAUCCCUCCAAGGAGAUCGUGAACUACAUGCAAGGGUUUCUGUGCAAGUUUUCCGAUCCCGCUUUACCGGGGGCGGCGAUCUGCUGCACGGAACCGCCGCCUAAACGGGCAGUCAUACCAGAUAAGCGCUACUGCGGCUUCCAACACUCUGACGAUCUCAUGCUUGACAUACGAAAAACGUCGAUAAUCGAGUUUCCUUGGCUCUCCGCCAUUAUGAAAAAAGACCAAGGAGGCGAGGACGUCGUUACGUGCCUAGGUACCUUGAUCACAAACAGAUACGUUCUCACCUCCGGUUUCUGUGCAGAGAAGACUGGCACCUGGGUGAGGCUAGGCGAGUUUUAUGUGAAAAAUAAGACCGACUGUGAGACCUGGAAGAGCGAAUUGAACGACUGUAACCAGCACGAAGACUUUCAAAUAGAGGAAGCCGUCCCUCAUCCGUUCAUCAAUACAGGAAUUUCGUCUCUUAACGACAUUGGCCUGCUGCGGCUAGAAAAGUCGGUCAGUUAUUCUGAUUAUAUUCGACCCAUAUGUCUGCCAUCGCCAACAGAAAAAGUUGAAGUUCAGUUUUUUACAUCAGGAUGGGAUGACUCUCAGUUAAAGAUCAAAAUACCAUCGACACUAGCUUCCGACAGGGAAUGUUUAGGUGAAGGAUCCGCGUUAUCCAAAUAUUCAAAGUGCGUUAGGUAUCAAAAUGUGGAAGGCGGACGCGAGAGUUGCCACGUAAUUAAUAAUGGCGCGCCAAUCAUGGCAUCCGCCAAGUACCAAUGGUAUUUGGAAGGAGUCAGUCACAUGUUUUACCAGAAAAAUGGGUCCUGCUUUGCGAAGUUUACGCCAAUAGUACCAUACAUGGAUUGGAUUAAGAAUAACCUUAGGUCUUAGUAAUUCCUAUUAAUGUUAGUUGUAACAUUGUAACUUUAUAUUGAGGAAACAUAGAAUCAAAAACCAUUUUACAGAUGAAUACAUUCUGU